AUGAUCUUGGAGGAGCUACGAGAUGCGACUUAUCGUUAUACCAAUCACCCUGACCCCAAGGAACGAGAAGCCCGAAUGCAACGAGUUCUUGACAGCGAAGUACAGGGUCUGACAGAGGAAACGGCUACCCGUGUGGCUGCAAAUGAGAAUGCUGCAGCGACAGCCGCAUGA